AGGGGCGGCGGGGCGGGGUCCGAGGGCGCGCCUUCUCGCGGGACGCCCCUCCUGCACCCCUCCCCGGAUGCUGCUCCCGGCCCCGCCUCCCCGCCGCCGGGCCUCCCCACGCACCCGCAGGUCGGCCCGACGGGUCCUUGGGCCGCGCGGUGCUGGGGGUGUGCUCGAGAGAGGGGCCCUGGCCUCGGCCGCCGCGGGUGUGUUGAGUCCAUGUCGUGACCCUACACGUUACUGUUGGCGAGCGCGCCGGGGGAGGCUGGGCACACCUGCCCCGUCCGUCCCUCCUUCCGCCCAAUGCAGCUGAGCCCUACGGCCCCCCAGGCGUCCUCGCCACCCGUGCCCCGGUGGGCGUUGAGCGACCCGGCCCCUUCCUGCCUGCGCACCUGCUGCGCGGGCGCCUUGGCCUCCUGGACACCGGUCUCUGGGCGGCGCCCCGCGCGGUGGUCAAGUCGCAGCCACUGGCUUUGCCCUCUAGAGGCUGCCUGUGGCCUGCGGGUGAAUAGCAGAGUUGGCAGGGAAGAGGCGCCGCGGCAGUCGUGUGGAAAACUGAUUUAAACAGUCCUUGGCCCCGCCUGGCACCUCGCCUUGAAUUGUGGUAUUUCACAGAAAUACAGCAACCCCUGUGAGAUGGUCCAGGAGGUUCAUCUGGCAGAGGCCAGGCCGUGAGGACCCAGCCUUGCACCCACGUCCCAGUGCCCAGCACGCAGUAGAGCCCAGCACACAAUCGUGAAUACAGUCAAGAGCCGUGAAGUACCACGUGACCCUCCAGGUAGUUGCUUAGCGCCUCUGCACUCCGCAUUUCUACACAUGGAGCAGCAGCUCUCAAAGUUGGUGGAAGAGCUCACGACGUCGGGAGAACCCCAGCUGAGUCCUGGGAAGAUGAAGGAGCUGAAGAAGAUUUGCAAGUCUUCAGAAGAGCAGCUCAGCCACGCCUACCACCUGCUGAUGGCCCAGCUCCGCCAGGACCACGCCGAGGUCCGCCUCUCCGCCUUCCAAGUCCUGGACCAGCUCUUCACCCGGUCUCACCAGUUCAGGAUGCUGGUUGUUUCCAACUUCCAGGAGUUCCUGGAGCUCACGCUGGGCACCAACCACGAGCGGCCCCUGCCCCUCCCCAGGGAGGUUGCGCAGAGGCUGAGGCAGGCCGCCACUCAGGCCGUCCGUGGCUGGAACGAGAAGUAUGGCUCAGCCUAUAAGAAGCUGGCCGUGGGCUUCCACUUCUUAAGGCACAGCAAGCAGGUGGACUUUCAAGACGUGGAUGCUAGGACUCUGGCGGAAAGGAAGCGGGCGGAGGAGAAACAAAAGCGACUGGACAGGAUCUACAGGGAGAGGUCGGAGCGGGCGGCCAGGGAGAUGGAAGAGAUGACCGGGGAGAUCCGGCGCUGCCUCACCGAGGUGGAGAGCUGCUUCCGACUGCUGGUGCCCUUGGACCUUGGCCUGAGCCCGGGGGCCGCCCUGCCUGCCGUGGCCCCUGCUGCGGCUGAGGAGGGUCCCCUGGACCUCGGCGACGAGGAGCAGCCCUGCUGCAGCAGGUCCCUGCCCCCCUGUGCACGCUGCCCGGGAGCCGUGGGCGCGGGGGUGCUGCCCUCGGAGGAUGAGGACAGCGACCAGGAGGAGUUCGUGCGGCGCCACGGGCUGGGCUCCCGCCAGUACACCCUGCACGUGGAGCUGUCCUCAGACAGCCUGAGGGUGCGGGAGGACGAGGACAACUUGGCCGUCAUCCACGCGGCCCAGGACGCGCUCAGGCUCGUCCAGAACAAGUUCCUGCCGGCCGUGAGCGCCUGGGUCCAGCUCUUCACUCGCGCGGGGACACACGGGGGGCACCUGGAGGGCGCCAUCGACCUGAAGGCCGAGCUGGAAACGGCCCUGAGGAGAUCCCGGGAGCUGGACAUCGUGCCCCAGGGGCCCCGCCGGAGGGAGAUGGCGGCCCCGGGGGACGAGGACGAGGACGAGGACGACGAGGACUUCGUGGAGGUCCCUGAGAAGGAGGGCUACGAGGCCUGCGUCCCUGAGCUCCUGCGGCCCCCGUGCGGACUGGAGGAAGGGCCGGCCACGCGGGGCUCGCAGGCGAGGAGGAGGAGGACCAGGAGCACCGAGGAGGCCCACGACCCCACCUCUGCGGCAGCCCAGCCGCAUCGGCCCCAGCGCCACCCGCCCCCGGCCUCGCCCCCGAGCCCCAGGGUGCCACCGGGGCCAGAGGAGGCGGAGAAGCUGGCGGCAGAGCGGGCCCGGGCGCCCGUCGUGCCCUUCGGGGCAGACUUGUGCUGCUGGGGCCAGGAGGCGGCAGCGGCUGGGUCGAUCGUCAGGUCGGACUCCGAGCACCGUUUCUGGAAGCCUCGUGAGGUGGACCUGGAGGGGGACAGCGCUGCCGUCUCAGAGUUGCUCCGCAGCCGCCGCAUCACCUUCGCGGGGCGCUUCGAGCCUGUGCAGCACCGGUGCCGCGCUCCCCGGCCCGAUGGCCGGCUCUGCGAGCGCCAGGACCGCCUGAAGUGCCCUUUCCACGGGAAGAUCAUCCCGAGAGACGAUGCGGGGCGGCCCCUCCACCCCGAGGACCAGGCCCGGGAGCAGAGGCAGCAGCUGCAGAGGCCGGCUUGGCAGGACCCCGAGUUCAUGAGGGACGUGGAGGCGGCCACCGGGGUGGACCUCGGCUCGUCCAGGUGCAGCAGGAGAGGCAAGGGCGGCAGGAGGAAGCACUCGGGCCUCACGGACCUCAAGCGGCAGGCCGACACGGCGCGGGCACGCAUCGCCAAGAAAGUCUUUGCCAAGGCAGCUGUGCAGAGAGUGGUCACAGCCAUGAACCAGAUGGACCAGAAGAAGCACGAGAAGUUCUCAAACCAGUUCAACUACGCGCUGCACUAGGGGCCGGGCCGCGCGUGUCCGGACACUGGGCGGCAGCUCUUCCUCUGCCGACGCGCCAGGGCAGGAAAGCAGACCCGGGCCCGCGGGGUCACAGCGGCCACCGCCGCAGCGUGGGCUGAGCCUGAGGAAGCCGUGCCCCUUCUGAUGCUCGUGGCUGCGGGCUGUGGGUUGUCCCUGCUGCACGGGCUGCUGCCUGAUCUAAGCCCUCGCGCCGUGCUUCGGAGUCGCUGGGCGCAGCCCCCAGCCCUGCUCCCCAGCCUUCUGUCCCGGGGGAACCCUCAGAGCACCUCGAGGAACAGCCACACGUUGACGUGGCGCGAAGAGGAGGGCGCCGUCCCGCCUGGCAUGCGCAGCUCUGAGGCCUCCUGAAGCGGUUGCUGGGCAGGGAGCAGAAAACGACCGCCCUUUGUCGGCUUAGAAGCAACCUUGCUGGGAGUCCCCGCUGUGGCUCAGCAGGUGGAGAAGCCAACUGGUGUUCAUGAGGACACAGGCCUCACGCGGUGGGUU